AUGGCAGCGACCUUACCACGGGCCUCGAGGCCUUCUUAUGGACCACCAACAUCAGCACUACCGGCUUUACCUAUGCCAAAGACUCGAAAGAGCACGAAUGCAUUGUCAUUGCCCACAGACAGAUCGGAAGCCCCAAGUACGCCUAGAAGUGGACUACGAACUCCGUCAUCAUCUAGCCUUCAACCAUUAAGGAGCCCAGGUCUUCCAAAGGCACCCACUUCUCCAGGAGUUAAUGCAGCUGGUAAGAGUAUAAGAAAAACGAUUAGUAUCAACGCAUUUCCUCAGCCUCCUCGAGGGGGUGUCAGAACAGCGAGUUUACCCCCCAGUCCUUUGUCUGGCGGUGCCGCACCAGGGACCGCACUAUCAACAGGAGAGUCAAGUAAAAGGGAAUCAUCAGAAAUCAAUCCGACCAAUAGUGGUAGCGGGAAACCCCGAAAGCGACCCACGGCAAUGGCCAAUCCUAGUACACAGACCGCUGUUAAUGGAUCAAUGCCGACCCUACUCAACGGAAGCGGGGACAGUAUUUCAAUAUCCAGCGGUGCUGGGGCUCGAGGAUCGGAUGGUCUAUUAAGCUUACCCUCGCCUCCUCAAAGCCGUAGUUCGUCGGCCCAGGAUUCAUACUCGACAUCUGUGACGACCACCGAAGAGCUUGGAGAUGGAUUUAGAGGUCGAGAGGGACCUGAUGAUGCCGAUAAAAGAUCCUCGAAGCCUGCAGAAGGCAAAGGAAAUGUCAUUGUCAGCGUACGUGUACGUCCGGAUGCGAAUAGUAAUGGAGAAACUAGCAGGAGUGACGGAGAAUGGGUAGUAGAUGGAAGGAAAUCACUGGUGGCUUACCGCGGGAAGGAAGGCGGCGAUUAUUACUAUGACAACGUUUUUUCGCAGCAGGACAAUAACGCUAAAGUAUAUGAUGCAUCCGCCAAAAGGCUCGUACGGCGAGUAAUGGAAGGGUAUCACGGCACAGUUUUCGCAUAUGGUAUGACGGGUACCGGAAAGACGUUUUCUAUGCAAGGAACAGAUAAGAUGCCUGGUGUUAUUCCUCUCGCAAUUACCGACAUUUUUUCAUAUAUCCGUGAAACUCCAUCGCGAGAAUUUCUACUCAGGGUCAGUUACUUGGAGAUAUACAACGAGAAGAUUCAUGACCUUUUGAGUGCUUCUACAGGUCCUGCAACGGGCCCAGGAGCUGUUCAAACUGAAGAAAUCAAGCUCCGAGAAGAUAGCAAGAGAGGCGUGUAUGCCACACCACUGAAAGAAGAAAUAGUGCAAUCUCCAACGCAGUUAAUUCGUGUUAUCUUUCGGGGUGAUCAAGCACGAAAGACUUCUAGUACACAAUUUAAUGCUAGAAGUUCUCGUAGUCAUGCGGUCGUACAGAUAGUGGUUGAAUCUCGCGAGCGGGUCCCCGGAGGAGCAGCCAUGCAGGAAAAUAAACGAACAGGAAUUAGUCCUGGUGGUGUCCGUGUUUCUACUCUCAGUCUGAUCGAUUUGGCAGGAUCAGAGAGAGCCGCCGAAACGAAAGAACGGCGUACUGAAGGCUCCCAUAUCAAUAAAAGUUUGUUGACCCUUGGAACAGUCAUUGCUCGACUGUCGGGGAACAAAGACAAGGAUGGCAAACCAAUGGACAAGGACGGAAAGCAUUUGCCAUAUCGCGACAGCAAGCUCACAAGACUUCUUCAAGGCGCGCUUUCAGGGGGUUCGCUUGUCAGUAUUCUGUGUACAAUAUCUGUUGGAUCUGGAGCAAGUGCUGCCGGACCCAACAGCCAUACUAGCGAGACUUUGAACACCUUGAAAUUUGCUUCCAGAGCUGCAGCAAAUAUUGUCAGUCAUGCUAAAAAGGCGGAGGAUGCGUCGAAUGGAGGUGAUGGUAAUACUAGGGCUUUAUUGGAACGAUACCGCAUGGAAAUCGUGGAUCUAAAGAAGCAGUUGGAUGGCCAGACCAAAGCCAAAUUCAACGAGGAGGAUCAAGCCCAAAAAGAAGAAGCAAAAGCUCGUCACAACGAGCAAUUGAUAGAAAUGCAGUUGGCUCGAACUGCUCUUAAAGAGAGAAUCGACCAUCUAAACAGACUGAUCCUCAGCUCCAAGUCCACAGGUGUCAAUACCAAUGGUACCUAUUCAGCUUUAAGUAUGCGACCUAGGCUAUCGAUGGGAGCAUCAAGUGGCCAUAUGUCUUCAUUAUCAGUGCGCUCAUCUAUGACACCAUCCACCAUCACAUUAGAUCGCGCCAAUUCGGUCUCUACCAUUGGCCGACGACCCAGUGCGCAACGAUUAUCCGGUACCAUCUCGGGCGAUCAUACAUCAAUGGAGGACGAUGACUCUGGGGGCGAGUAUGGAAAUGGCAAUGCUUCAUUGGCAGCGCAGAAUCGAGCCUUACAAGCCGACCUUGCAGAUAAGACCCGAUAUUGCCAGACCUUAGAAAAGCGACUGCUACAAGCUCGGCGCUCUAGUCAGUCAAGGACGUCUGUACAAUUCGGUAGCAAGUCAAAUAUAAUGGUGGGAGAAGACCAUGGGAUCUCCAACCUAUUGAGAGACAAGGAUGCUGAAAUUGCGGACUUACGAGCGAGACUCGAUGAUAAGGACCGCAUGUUAUCAGCCCUUCGCAGUUCUGCUCGGUCUCGAGACACUGCCGAACGUGAUCCUCGCCACAGCCUAGGCCAAGGAAUGCCACUGAGUCCCGUCUCAGCUAGGGAAUCUCAAUUGUUCGACACUAGUCUGACAAGUGCCGGAGGCGCGGCGAAGGUUCUCCCACCCACCGUCCUUCCCCCAACGCCCCUCAAAAACUCAAAGAGUGUAGAUGAGAUGAGUAAAAUGCUUGAUGAGAUGAUACAGGAUCGAAUUGAGAAUGGACAAUCGAAUAAGGAGGCUAGAGGAAGUAUGCGUGCAGGCGAGCGCAAACGAGCGGUGUCAACGGAUCCAAUUCCUGGAAUUGAACCUCUCAAGAGUCCACAUCUGAGUUCCAAGGCUCAGCUACAUGAUUCUGGUGUUGUAGUAACUGAUUUCUUCAAAAAGAGUGAGGGGGAAAAUCUGUAA